AAAAGAAACGCAGAGUUUAAUUUCGCGACAAACCGUAUAUAAAUCCGCAGUCGCUUAGUCACUCUGUCGCCGUUCGUCUGAACUCUAGAGUCGGGACUCGGGAGAGGACAACUAAUUAAUUUUGCAUCAAUUUUGUUGAUCAAGACUGGAACUCACCGGGAAACUGAAAUCCGAUCGAUGGCGGAGGCAGAAAGGUUGAUAAUUGGUGACGAACAGGGAGGAGAGGGUGAAAAGGAAGCGCAACAAGUAGAAGGAGAGGCGAGGGACGAGAAGACAAUGGUUGUGGCGGCGAGUAGGAAGGAGAAGAGGAAAGACAAGAAGAAGAUGAAGAGAAAGCAGGCGAGGAAGGAGAUAGCGGCGAGGGAGAGAGAGGAGGAAGAGGAAAGGAGGAAUGAUCCAGAGGAGCAGAAGCGGUUGAAGGAGAUGGAGGAAGAGGAGAGGCUGAGAAUGGAGAGGGAUAGGAAGGAGUUCGAAGAGAGGGAGAAUAAGUUGUUGGAGGAGAUGGAGCUGAAGAGGAAGGCGGAAGAGGAGGAGGCGGCGAGAAGAGAAGCUGAAGAGGAAGAAGAGGAGGAAGCUAAGAGAAGAUUGCAGACUCCAAAUGAGGAUGGAUGUGAUGAGGAUAGUAAUUGGGAGUAUGUAGAAGAAGGGCCAGCUGAAAUUAUCUGGCAAGGAAAUGAGAUAAUUGUCAAGAAAAAAAGGGUUCGAGUGCCAAAAAAGAAAGCGGAUGCACAAAGGAAAGAGGAUGCCAACAGGCCUACUUCCAAUCCUCUCCCGCCAGAAUCGGAGGCUUCGACGCUUUCAGCACAAGAGAUGCUGGAGAAUGUUGCUCAACAAGUACCAAACUUUGGUACUGAACAGGAUAAAGCUCACUGUCCAUUCCAUUUGAAAACUGGAGCCUGUAGGUUUGGCCAGCGUUGCAGCAGGGUACAUUUUUAUCCAGAUAAAGCAUGCACCCUGGUUAUCAAGAAUAUGUACAGUGGCCCUGGCCUUGCUUGGGAACAAGACGAAGGGCUUGAGGUCUGUUAAUGCUGACUUCCAUGUAUCCUGAUGAAUAAGAUUAACAAGUCUCUAUGAAUUAGCUUUGGUUUGUGAAGCAUUUUUGUGUGAAUUGGUGGCAAGAUGAGAAACAGCUUUAACAUGGGAGAAAAAGAGGGCAUCUAUAAAAUAAUCAGUGACCAUUCGGUUUCUGGUCCUCUUUUUUUUUUCAAUCUAACCUUAGAUGCAGAAUUUCUUACAACGUUUCCGGCCACUUUCAAAAAGGGUUCUUCUAGUGUUAGUUGCUGGCACAUUUGGGAUUCUCGAUUCUGGAGCUUUUGCCAGUGACAGUUUAUUAGUUUCCUGGGUUUCUCUUGAAGGCACUGAAGACUUAUUACAUGGAUGAAGUUGGACCACUAUACAGAUGAAGAGGUUGAUCGCAGUUAUGAAGAGUUCUAUGAGGAUGUGCAUACAGAGUUCUUGAAGUAUGGCGAGAUAGUGAAUUUCAAGGUUUGUAGAAACAGUUCAUCCCACUUGAGAGGAAAUAUGUACGUUCAUUAUAAGUCACUGGAUUCAGCUGUGCUUGCCUAUGAGUCGAUCAAUGGCCGUUACUUUGCUGGGAAACAGGUUACAUGUGAAUUCGUUAACAUUACCAGAUGGAAGGUAGCCAUAUGUGGGGAGUAUAUGAGGUCAAGACUUCAGAACUGUUCUCGUGGAAAUUCUUGCAACUUCAUCCACUGUUUCCGCAAUCCUGGUGGAGACUAUGAAUGGGCAGAUUGGGACAAACCUCCACCGAGGUUUUGGGUGCAAAAGAUGACUGCUUUAUUUGGUUUCUCUGGAGACGCUGAGAGUUACGAACACAAGGAAGGGAAAAUAGGGAGCGCAUCUAGCAAGGAAAAUGUUAAUGAUACAGACAGGCUUCGAUCAAGAAGAUCCAUGUCCAGGGACUUUGGGCAUUGGUCCGAUAGAAGAAGAGAUAGAGACGAGUAUGUUCAUGAAAGUGCAUGGGAGGGGAGACACAUAGACAAUGGACAGAGACCUAUUAGAAAUCUGGAUGAACGAGACCGUCGUCAUUCUGGUAGCAGGCUAGAUUCUACAUCUGAAGAAGAGGGUUGGUCAGAUAGGGACAUGGACAACAAGGAGGGACACAGAAGAAGUAGCCGAUCAAGAAGUCGUAGUUCGAGAAACCACUACGAGGAGAACAGAAAGAAUGAUAGUAAGGAUGUGGUUUCAGAUGAGGAGAGGAAGAAGGGGCCCCAAAAUGGGCAACCAAGUCACAAGAGAAGGACUGGAACAGAUCGCCGAAAAGGCAGGGACAGAGAGAGAGAAAAGAACAGUGUGAAAUCUCCUGAUGAUACCAUCUUUAGUAGAAGGUCUGAAGAAGUUGAAGAUGGUGAUCGUUGGGUUGAUAGCAGACCGCAUGAUUGCAAUGACUUCGAUUAUCAGCGAGAGAAGGAAAGCCGAGGAAGGCAGCAUGGGAAAAGAAGACGGCAUGGUGGUCAUGACAAGGAAGACUCGGAUGGUGACAAUGAUGAUGGUAGGAAUGAUGUAAGCACCAAGUGGUCGAAGCAGCAUUCAGACAGGGAACGAUCCCCAACAGGAAGUCAAUCGAACCGAAGGAGACAUUCAAGCAGAGGGCGUCCGGAGCAGCAUUCCUCCACCACUACUUAUGAAGAUAGGUGGGGAGCCUGAUAGUCGAGAGCGUGGAACUCCAUCGUAGUAGAGACGAUGUUUGUUAUAGGAGUUGUUUCUAUUCUGAAUUUGAAAAAUGUCUUAUGUCAAGAAAACAGUAGCUACUGUGUACCGAUCACCAAGCUGAUAGAGUCUUAUAGCGAUUAUGUUUCGCCAGUUUGAAUUACAAUGUAAUCUCAUCGCUUCGAUCUCGUGUGCAGAGAAUUGCAAUUCUCACUAGGAAUUUCCAGUUCAAAAACACGAAAUUAUCAAACGAACUCUAACGUUACAGAAGCUUCCAUUUCAUGUAGAACAAGCUUGUUGAACCAUAUCAGAAGAACCACUUACACCAUCCAUCGUACUCUCUUCUUUCUCUUCUCCAUCGAUGACAAACUUCCCCUCUGUAAACUCGCAGCUAUGAAUCGCCACACCGAGCUGCUUCUCCAUCUUCCUCACAACAAACACCUGCGACUCUUCACAAAUCGUCACCACGAUCCCCUUCCUCCCUAGCCUCCCUGUCCGGCCAGCACGAUGAGCAUAGUGAACCGAGUCGGUAGGCAAGUCCAGAUUAACCACGAGAUCACAUUCGGGAAUGUCCAGUCCCCUCGCUGAUAGCUCAUUGGUCACAAGUACCCUCAACUCCCCAUUUUUAAACUUCUUCAUAAUCGUGGACCUCCCAAGCUUGCCAAGAUCUCCAUGCAACUCCGCAGCAUUUAACCCUCUCGCCUCCAGCUUGUAUACCACAUCCUUCAGCUGCUUUGUGUGGUUCAUGAAGGCUAUCACACACUUGGCGUCCAUGGCGUGAACACACCUCCUCAAAGCAUCCACCUUGUGCUGCAGCUUCACCACAGAAUAGUAGUGCUUCAGAGAUGGAGGUAAGCUUUGGGAUGCUGACGGAUUUGAAUCUGAUGCAGGCUGUGUUGAAUCAACCGGUCCAGAUGGAGGAACCAAUUCAAGCGGGGUUACUUUCUUGGCUUGAACCAAAACCGGGUCGUCAGACCAACUUCUGGCAGCUCUUAUCACUGCAAAUGGCACUGUGGCAGAGACCAAUACAGUGCGACGCUCAGAUUUCCUUCCUACGUGAUCCAGUAUCCGGCGCAUGGCUUCUCGAAAGUUGAACGAGAGGAGCUCAUCAACUUCAUCCAGCACCAGGAAACGGCAGCCAUGUGUAUGAAGCUUGCCAGCUGCACUGAUCUCAGCUAUCCUGCCAGGGGUUCCAACCACAAUUACUGGCUUGUUCUUCUUGAGAGCUUCUUCCUGUCUUGAACGGUUUGCUCCACCAACGAGCUGCUGAACAGCUCUCUUGUUUUCAGGGCCCAAUAUGUUCUCGACCUCCCUCACGAUUUGCAUCCCAAGCUCUCGGGAUGGGGCCACGAUCACUGCUUCUAUGUCGUUCUUCCUCUUCCCGCCACCAUCGUCUUUGGAUUUCAAAGUAGAGUUGGCAUCCUUCAGAGGUCCAAUCCUAGAUAGUAUAGGGAGGAGAUACGCCAAUGUUUUGCCAGACCCAGUGUAAGACUGUAUAACGACAUCGUGGUCUUUUAGGAUAGUUGGAAUUGCAGCAGAUUGCACAUCGGUUGGAACCUUGAAGCCUUCAGAUUCUAAUCUCUCUAUCAGCAAUGGCGGCAGGCCAAGCUCGGAGAAUGAUUUGGCAGAAAAAGGAGCGAGCUCUAUAUCAUCAACUGAUCCCCUCGUCUUACCAAGCGGCUUGACCUUACUCUUUGGCCUGUCAACUGGAGUCCUUAACGGUUUCACAUUUUUCUCAACUUUCCUACUCUUUCCCUUACUACCUGUUGUGGCCUCGAGCUCUAUAUCGUCAACCGAUGUUAUCGCCUUAACAACCGGCGUGGCUAUACUCCUUGGCCUGUCAACUGGUGACCUUGUCAAUUUAACACUGUUCUCAACGUUACUCCUCUUUCCAGUACUGCCUGUAGUUGCCUCAAGUUGACUGCUGAAUCCCAGGCUAGCAAGAGUGAGAGGGCCCUGGUGUUCUUUAGCAACCCGACUGAAGAACCUCACUGAAUGGCGCCAUGUCGAUACACUAACGGGAAGAAAUUUCAAUUUCUGUGAAGGCAAUGAGUAACCAGCUAGAAUAAGCAACCUGGUUGUUGAAGCUAAAGCCGGCAUUGCAGCAAGAAACCAAGUUCACACCUGUUCUCAAAUCAUUGGAUUCCUGAAGCUGAAGAACUGAGAACAGGCUAGGAGGGAAGCGGCUCGAUUUCCAGACCGGGAAGCUUCGAAGACUGAGAAUUUGUGGAGGAAGGAAGCCAGUGUGGAGCGAAGCAAUGGAGGGUUUUAGCUAGGGCUGG